AUGGCACCAUCCCUUGAGGAGCCUCAGUACCCGGCAGUGCACCAGCUCUCGGUAGCACCAAAGCAGCCAACCCCACUCAAGUACGAGCCAGGCCGCACAGCCGUUGAGGAUCACGAGCACUAUGAGCACGAAGAGCUCCUGCCAAGGUUCCCCAACAUGCAUUGGAAUGCAUUAACUGAGGUGCCCUACCAUGACAAGGGCCUUCAAGCCGACUCACAGUAUCGUAAUCUUCUUAGCUCAGCUAUAGAUAUCUUCGAUUACACGCCAAAAAUAGGGACGGAGGUUUGCGGUGUCCAUCUUGCUCAGCUCAGCAACGCGCAGAAGAAUGAUCUUGCUCGACUGAUCGCUACCCGAGGUGUGGUCUUCUUCCGUAAUCAGGUCGACUUCGACAUCGAGGCUCAACGUGAGCUUGGUACGUACUUUGGCAAGCUUCAUAGGCACGCAACGACGUCUGUACCUCGCCGCCCUGGACUGGAAGAUGUGCAUGUGGUCUACACGAGCGAGCAAUCCAAACAAGACAUGAGAUCGUAUUUCACUCCAACCUUUCUAUGGCACUCCGAUGUUACAUAUGAGAUUCAGCCGCCCGCGUAUACAUCGCUCAAAGUCCUGACUGGACCGCCGCGCGGCGGCGGUGGAGAUACCCUCUGGUCUUCCCAGUACGCUGCAUAUGAUGCCCUUUCACCUUCAAUGCAAAAGUACCUGGAGAGUCUUACAGCUCUGCAUUCAGCCCAGAUGCAAGCAGAUGGCUCUCGCGCACUCGGCCGCGCCGUCCGCCGCGACCCGAUUGUCACCGAGCAUCCUCUUGUGCGCACUCAUCCUGUCACAGGCUGGAACUCGCUCUUCUUCAACCCGGGUUUCGUGACGAGAAUUGUCGGCGUUCCAAAGACAGAGAGCGAUCAUAUAAUCAGUUAUCUCAACGAGGUUAUUGCGACAACCCAAGAGAUGCAUGUCCGCUUUCAGUGGGGAAAGAACGAUGUCGCUUUCUGGGACAACCGCAUCUGCAAUCACUCGGCGUCGUAUGGCUUUGCGCCUCAUCGACGUCAUGCUGUGCGUGUAGCUUGUCACGGAGAGAAGCCGGUCUUUGAUCCCGCAGGCAAGUCCCAGGAGGAGGAACUGAGUGCGCGCUACGGUCUUUCGCCGGUCAGCAAGGAUGGGUCUGGUAUCGCCAACUACAACGACUAG